CCCUCCCCAGCCUUCCCCGCGAGCGGACGCGGCAGCGCCUCUGUCUCGCUUUUUCUUAUUUUUUCCCCCUUUCCCCUUUCUUUUCUUUUCUUUUCUUUUUCCCCUUCCCCCCCUUUCACCAUUUCCCCUCGGAGGCGCUUCCCCCGGGCAGGGGCAGAGCCGGUCUCACCCCCCGCCUCUCCCCGGCCCCCGCCGCCCUAUGGCGAGAGGGAGCCCCCUCCUCACCCAGGCACCAGCGGCGGCGGUUGGAGGAGCGGGACCGGCGGUGGCGGCCUCAGGUCCGGGGUGGUCAUGGAACUAAUUCGCUGACCGACCUCCUGGCCGCAGCCGUGCGUCCCGCUCGAGCGCCAGCUACCGCGCCCCCCCAACCCCGCCGGGUUCCUUCUCUUCUCCCUCCUCUGUCGGCCCGGUCCUAGUCCUGCGCGCCCCCGCCGCUGCGCGAGAGGAAAAUGAGGUGGUAACGGGCCUGCGGAUGACCCCGCGUCACCACUUUGAGGCCUACAGCUCUGCCGGGGAGGAGGAGGAGGAGGAAGAGGAGGAGAAGAAUGUUUCCCCAUCCCAGAGAGAUGAAGUAAUUCAAUGGCUGGCCAAACUCAAGUACCAAUUCAACCUUUACCCAGAAACAUUUGCUCUUGCUAGCAGUCUUUUGGACAGAUUUUUAGCUACUGUAAAGGCCCACCCAAAAUACUUGAGUUGUAUUGCAAUCAGCUGUUUUUUCCUAGCUGCCAAGACUGUUGAAGAGGAUGAGAAAAUUCCAGUACUAAAGGUAUUGGCAAGAGACAGUUUCUGUGGGUGUUCCUCAUCUGAAAUUUUGAGAAUGGAGAGAAUUAUUCUGGAUAAAUUGAAUUGGGAUCUUCACACAGCCACACCAUUGGAUUUUCUUCACAUUUUCCAUGCCAUUGCCGUGUCAACUAGGCCUCAGUUACUUUUCAGUUUGCCCAAAUUGAGCCCAUCUCAACAUUUGGCRGUCCUUACCAAACAACUACUUCACUGUAUGGCCUGUAACCAAUUUCUGCAAUUCAAAGGAUCCAUGCUUGCUCUGGCCAUGGUUAGUUUGGAAAUGGAGAAACUGAUUCCUGAUUGGCUUCCUCUUACAAUUGAACUGCUUCAGAAAGCACAGAUGGAUAGCUCCCACUUGAUCCACUGUCGGGAGCUUGUGGCACAUCACCUCUCUACUCUGCAGUCUUCCCUGCCUCUAAAUUCCGUUUAUGUCUACCGUCCCCUCAAGCACACCCUGGUGACCUGUGACAAAGGAGCAUUCAGAUUACAUCCCUCCUCUGUCUCAGACCCAGAUUUCUCCAAGGACAACAGCAAGCCAGAAGUGCCAGUCAGAGGUACAGCAGCCUUCUACCAUCUCCCAGCUGUCAGUGGGUGCAAGCAUACCUCUGCUAAGCGCAAAGUAGAGGAAAUGGAAGUGGAUGAUUUCUAUGAUGGAAUCAAACGGCUCUAUAAUGAAGAUAGUGCUUCUGAAAAUGUGGGUUCUGUGUGUGGCACUGAUUUAUCAAGGCAAGAGGGACAUGCUUCCCCUUGUCCACCUUUGCAACCUGUUUCUGUCAUGUAGUUAGCUUUCAGUGCAAACUAAGGUUGACUAUUCUGGGAAUCAGAAUAUGCAAAACCAGGAAAGUCUGUAGAGGGCUGUGUAUCUUAUCCAGCUGGUUUGAAGUGAGCCAGGAAAAAGUUUUUUUUCUUUAAUUUCAUUUACUUGUGCAACUUAUUAAAAUUCAUUUUUAAAGGCCUAUAAACACAAGGAUCCAAAAUAUUUUUUAAAAGUUAAAAAAAAAAACUUCUUUGUAGUAUACCAGUUUCACUCUUUUCUCUGCUAAAAUGUAGUUUGCCCCAUGUCAAAAAUUACACUCUUAAUGCUCCAAAAAAGUUCUAAAACUCUAGCAACUGUGUUCCUGUCAUCCUGAUUUAAAUUGUAUUGCUUUUGCUUGCUUCUCCACUGAAUACUUAACAAAUUUUAUUUUCAUCCCUAUCUUCUGACUUCACUGAAUAGGUAACCCUGAAUUUUUUUUAACCAGUUUAAUUUAGUAUGGCAGCCAUGUACAAUUCAUGAUUCAACUCCAGUUAAUCUGAAAAGGGUACUUUGGAAUUGUCCCAUAUGAAUCAGAGGUGGUAGAAAGAAAAAGUUCUCAUGUUACCACAUGAUUUUUGAUCUUAUUUCAAUUUUUAGAGCUUAAAAACAAAGUAACUUCAUUUUUGUUUAAAGUGAAGCUUGAAAUGGCAUGUAAUUGAGACAGAUUUGUUGAAAGCAUUUUUGACAGAUGUAUAAAAGAAUUUGUGAUAAAGUUAAUAUAUCCCGGUGCUUACCAAAGAAACAUGUAUGUAACCUAUAAUUAGAUUUUUUUGUAAUUGAUUUGUUUUCACUCAUUGAUAAUCAGUAGGAGAGACUGUCUAGAUAUUGGGGCAGCUCUAAUGAUCUGAGUCUUGUAAUAUGUAAUAACUGAAUUUAGUACCCUACUUUUAUGUUAAGCUAUUAGGAUUUUCUUGAUAAAAAGUUAUUCUCCUCUCCCCCACCCCAAUAUACCUAUGUUUUUCUUAACUUCUGGAUCCUGAGCUCCCUUCACAGUCUGAAGAAGGUAUUACAGCCAGAACCAURUACUGAUGAUAAAAAACCUCUGGAAGCAAUAAAAAGUUGUCCUUAAUCUUUGUGUCUGAAGUCCCCCCCCCUUAUGAAGGGACGGUUUCCUGGGUACUUAGGCACUGCUGUUUGAACAAAGGAAAACGAUAGAAAAGAUUAAGAUAUGUUUACUGAAAAUAAAACAUGAAUAAAAAGGGAUUUGAAUGUGACAAGGAUGCAGGUUUUAGACAUGAGAGUUUUCCCUUUAUGGUGUUUGGAAGAUCCACAGCCCAUCAGUGACCAAACAGUAAAGUUUUAUACUAAUGGGACUGUGUGGGGAAGGCCCAGACCUGCAUCUAGGAAACAUUUUUAGCCCACUGAUUUUGUUUAGGUAUAGCAGAGCAAGGUUGAAAGGUUGACUACCUACCUUCCAAUUUUAUAACCUUGAAGGGGAAUAAUUUGCUCUUGUCUAAGUUCAGGGAAUGAGGGAAGAUGAUAAAGCAAUUGUUAGUGAAGAUAGCAGGAAUUGGCCUCAGAUACAUAUUUUUUAAAAUUCCAUAACUGUAUAUUCACAGUAUCUACAAAACAAAUGGGCACUUAGUUCCCCCCACCCCCAUAACAGAUGACAUAGUUUUGUUAUGUAGAAAGCCGGGAGUAACAUUAAGUCCAGAUUUAGAAUAAUUUGUAGUCCUAGAGCUU